GAAAUAUUCAGCAAUUUCACCGGUCUGGAUUUCUGUACCACGAUCCAUGUGUAAGGUUGAAGAGUCACCACCAUUUGUGAAAUGACGGUGAACUAGGAGUCUAUCCAUCGAAAGAUUGCAGUCAGUACAUUCUGUUUGUUUUGGCCUCAGGAGGAGGGAAGAAGGGUCGAACCCAUGGAUUCGUGGGCGCAGCUUGAAAACAUACAAACGCGCAUCCUCCAACGGAUAACGGAAUUGGAACUCGCUCUUUCCCGCCAACACCUCUCCGUCCCCUCUCAGACCGACCACCAACACCAAGAUUCUACCUCCGACACCGAAUCCCGCCUUUCCACGAUCCUCAAGGCCGGUGGCGUCCGAUAUUUCUCAUUCAAGCGGGUGCCGUUCGAUUACUACGAUAGAUCCGUCGAAGACAGGAGAGAAAUCCUCAGCGCCCCUACGGUGGAUCAUCUCUGCAAGAGCAUCGUCCUGGUCAAUACACAAGCCCAUGCCAGUGUUUCUGAUUGUAGCAAUCCUAACAAUUCAAAGUAUUAUGUUGUUGUCAUUCAGUAUACAGCUCGACUAAAUGCUGAAAAUGUGAAAAACUUCCUGUACUCGAUUAAUAACGGGAAGAUACCGAAGAAGAAGUUCAACCUGAGGCUUGCACCUGAAGAGGAGUCGCUGAAGUUGACUGGAUUCGAACACAAUGCAGUGACAUGUAUUGGUAUGAAGAUAGAUAUCCCGGUGAUCUUGGAUGAAGCAAUCGUCAGACUGGACCCCAAUUUCUUCUGGUUGGGAGGUGGAGAGAUCGAUCUGAAGCUGGGGAUCAGAACCUCCCAAUUCAUCGAUUUUGUCAAACCUUUCAUAGUCAGCUGCAGUACUUGAUUCUCUGCAAAAGAAGAAAUCAUCAUUCAUCCGAUUAGAAGAAAGAUCAAAUUUUCAGAACCCUGUCUCGCAAAAAUCCAUCAGCUUGAGAUCUCAACCAUCAGAUCGCAUUGGGAAGCGCCCCGUUCCGGGCUCGCCGUCAAUGCUGGUAGGAAAUUGGGUUGGGAUGUUUGUUUUUCUUGGAGCAAGGCAGUUCUGUUUCCCAUCUCUUUUGAAGUUUUGUGCCAUGUGGUUAUUAACUAAUCUGUAAUUUGAAUUUGGUUGGGGGACAUUCUUGGAAUUAAUGCAGCCAUAUGUUAGACAGGUUUGGAAAACAAUCACAGCCAUUAUUUUCUUUUUUAAACUGAAAGUGUACCUGGUCAUUCCUUGGGUAAAAUAAAAUAUAAGAUAUUGCAUAGAAUACUAAUAUGGGAUUUGCAGAGUCAGCUCUUAAAGAUAAAAGUAAGAAUUAUAGACUGUUGUGUCC